CAAACAAAGCACCCUAAUCUUUAUAAAUACCACCUUUCCAAUUCUCCUAAAGUUUCAAUAUUCCAUUUCAUAUUUUCACAACCAUUUUCACACCUUAUAACAUCUUAAUUUUCUUUUGUUCAAUCCUUAGUAUAUAUAUAUAAAAUUUCUUGUGCUAUGAUGAAGAGGGAAAGAGAGAUUGAUAGCAUAACCAUGGCAAAUUGUUUGAUGUUACUUUCUCGUGGAAGUGAUGAAUUUGAAGCCACAUAUUCAUCUACCAUAACUUCAAAUAAUCGUGUGUUUGAAUGCAAAACAUGUAAUAGACAAUUCUCUUCAUUUCAAGCACUUGGUGGUCAUAGGGCAAGUCACAAGAAACCAAGGUUGAUGGGUGAAAAUAUUGAUGGUGAAUUGCUAAAUACACCCCCAAAGCCUAAAACACAUGAGUGUUCUAUUUGUGGAUUGGAGUUUGCAAUAGGACAAGCUUUAGGUGGACAUAUGAGGAGACAUAGAUCUUCAAAUUUGAAUGGAAAUAACAAUAUGCAUAAAUCUAAUCAUACUAUGAGUUAUAGUAGUGGGGGUGAUGGUAGUAGUCUUGAUUCUUCACAAAAGAUGAAAGGUAGAAACAAGAGAGUUUUGGUUUUGGAUCUUGAUUUGAACUUGACUCCCUUUGAGAAUGAUUUGGAGAUUAUGAAGAUUGGAAGAGCAACUACUAAUUUGAUUGAUUUUUUGCAUUGAAUGUUGUUGAAUACUUUAAUUAACUGAUUUGAUAGUUAGUUAGUGUAUCAUAGAUAUAAUACAAUUUUUAUUUUAUUUUUUUUAUACUUUGUAGUCUAUAUAUACUUAUGUAUACUUUUUGGU